UAUAUUGGCCCUAUAAAACCCUAACUCCUCCAAAACCCUCCCCUGUUUCACCUUCACCUUCACUUUCACUUUCUCGUUUUCAUUUUCUUUUCCUCCAAACACAAACCCACAAAAUGGUUCGAAGCAUCAAAAACCCUAAGAAGGCCAAACGAAAAAGCAAGGGCUCGAAGAAGGAAGAUGGCUCUUCUUCAUCGAAUUCGAUUCCUUCUUUGCCAGCGAAAGUGUGGCAACCAGGCGUCGAUAAGCUUGAAGAGGGAGAGGAGCUCCAGUGUGACCCUUCUGCUUACAAUUCACUCCAUGGAUUCAACAUCGGCUGGCCCUGUUUAAGCUUCGAUGUGGUGCGUGACACUUUGGGGUUGGUUCGGACCGAGUUUCCACACACUGUUUAUUGUGUUGCAGGCACUCAGGCAGAAAAAGCUUCCUGGAACUAUAUUGGAAUAUUUAAAAUAUCCAAUAUUACUGGGAAAAGACGUGAAUUAGUCCCUUCAAAAUCUACUGGUAAUGACUCUGAUAUGGACAGUGACAGUAGCGAUAGUGAUGAAGAAGAUAAAGACGAGGAUGGUGGAUCUGGGGCACCAGUUUUGCAGCUGCGCAAGGUAGCUCAUGAAGGAUGUGUUAAUCGAAUAAGGGCCAUGCCCCAAACCCCACAUAUAUGUGCAUCUUGGGCUGAUACUGGUCAUGUGCAGGUAUGGGACUUCAGCUCUCAUCUAAAUGCUCUGGCAGAAUCAGAAACUGAUGCUAGCCGGGGACCCUCCAAUGAGACUCCAUUAUUUAAGUUUGGUGGACACAAAGAUGAAGGCUAUGCUAUAGACUGGAGUCCUCUUGUCUCGGGGAGGCUUGUAACUGGGGACUGCAAGAAUUGCAUUCAUUUGUGGGAACCUACUUCUGGUACGACAUGGAAUGUUGAUGCUAAUCCCUUUGUCGGACAUACUGGAAGUGUUGAAGAUCUACAAUGGAGUCCCACAGAACCUUAUGUAUUUGCCUCUUGCUCUGUGGAUGGGAAUAUUGCAAUAUGGGAUAUUCGUCUAGGGAAGUCACCAGCAGCAUCCAUAAAGGCACAUAAUGCAGAUGUGAAUGUUAUCUCAUGGAACAGGCUGGCUAGUUGUAUGCUGUCAUCUGGAUGUGAUGAUGGAACAUUCUCUAUUCGUGAUCUGAGAUUACUGAAGGAUGGAGAUUCGGUUGUAGCUCAUUUUGAAUACCAUAAACAACCGAUAACAUCGAUUGAAUGGAGUCCACAUGAAGCCUCCACUUUGGCAGUUGCUUCAUCUGACAAUCAACUAACAAUAUGGGACCUUUCUUUAGAAAGAGACGAGGAAGAGGAGGCUGAAUUCAAAGCUAAAACAAGAGAAGAAGUGAAUGUUCCUUCAGAUAUACCGCCACAACUUCUCUUUGUUCAUCAGGGUCAGAAAGACUUGAAAGAACUCCAUUGGCAAUCACAAAUCCCGGGAAUGAUCAUAUCUACUGCUGCGGAUGGUUUUAACAUUCUGAUGCCUUCGAACAUUGAGAGUGCCCUUCCUGCUGCAAAUGAUGCAUGAAUGUCAAAAAACUCUCGGCACUAGCUUCCUGCUCUGGACAAGAUGCUCUUCGGAUUUUUAAAAAGUGACGUAGGGUCAGAACAGUUACUGCUGCUUUGAAAAAAUUUGCAAGUUGUGGCACAGAAUGAUGGCAUCAACUGAUUGGUGCAUGCGAGCAUUUUAAAAUGAUUCUAAUUUUGGAGUGGCAGUUCCUACUGCAUUAGAGAGAUUUUACCCAGAUGCAAGUUGUGGCAAUUUUGUUUCGUGUUAUUUGUCUUUUUGGUUGAGUGUUAAGAAUAUGGUAUAGGGAAUUGUAGUGAAAGGAUGCAAUUUUAGCAACUUAUAUAGUUAAUAGUUGCUGUUAGUUGUGAGAAACCCCAUUUUUUUUUCUCUUUUUUGGUUGUUGUUUGACUAGGUAUACUACUUAGCCAUUUCAGACAAGAGUCUACAAGCUGGAGUUUUGUGAGCUUGUCCUUGCUUCAACUUAACCAUGAUCAUGAUUUCUACCUGUGGA